CGGCGCUUGCCACACCGCGCACCCACCAAACAUCCUACAUACAUACUGUAUAGCUUCGGUGCAUGGUAGGACAGUGCAGGCGCAGCACCCCAUCACCCACCCGCUCCCACUGCCAUCCGCCCCAUCCUGCAUCCCCCACGCCCGCGCCCGCGCCCGCGCCCACGCCCACCUAACAUGUCGACGCUCCUCCGCCGCACCCCCGGCCAGCUCGCGCGCCUCUCCCGAUCCACCAGCACAUUCACACCCAGGACGGCCUUCGCGUUACGGCGGCGAGUGCCCGUGCCGCAGUGUCUGUACGCCCAGCCGCGCGCCCGACCGUUUGCGACAGGGCCCGAGGAGCCCAAGAACGAGAAGAAGGAUGAGCCGGUAGAGAAGACGGACGGCCAGCCAGAGCCCAGCAAGGAUGGCAAGGCCGAAGAGAAGGCGGCGGCCGACAGCAACAUGUCGAAGCUGACGCCCGAGGAGGAGAAGAUGCUCGACCAGCUGGUCUCGUUCGUGUCCAUGGGCGUGCCCAAGGCGCAGCAGAAGGCCGUCCAGGAGGCCAUGGGAGAGAUCAAGAAGACAGGCAUCCCGCCCGAGCUGCGCGAGGAGAUGGACAAGCUGGCCCGCGGCGAGAAGCUCGACCUCGCCACUGCCGCCAAGAUCUCGCGCAUGACGACCAACAUGGCCCGCCGCGCCGCCGAGCAGCAGCAGUUCAAGACCGACGAGCCCCAGCAGAAGGCCGGCGCACACGACCCGGGGCCACAGGGGCAGAAGGACGGCAAGCAGGAGGGCGCCGGCGGACCUGGGGGCAUGCCCAACCCCAUGGGCGGCAUGGACACCAACACGCUGCUCGUCUCGGCCUUCCUCGCCUGGAUCACAUACCGCAUGUUCAUCCCCAGCGAGAACACCAAGGAGAUCACUUGGCAGGAGUUCCGCACAACCUUCCUCGACAAGGGCCUCGUCGAGAAGAUUGUCAUCCUGAACGGCAACAAGGCGAAGGUCCACCUGCACCGCGAGGCCGUCGCCGGCAUGUACCCUGACUCGCCCUCGGUCAACUCCAACUUCUACUACUACUUCACCAUCGGCUCCGUCGAGGCCUUCGAGCGCAAGAUGGACGAUGCACAGUACGAGCUCGGCAUCCCCAGCUCAGAGCGCAUUCCUGUCGCCUACUCGAACGAGAUCUCCUGGUUCGGCACAUUCCUGUCUUUCGGCCCCACCAUCCUGCUCCUUGGUUCGCUGUUCUACUUCACAAGGCGCGCUGGUGGCGGUGGAGGUGGCGCUGGCGGUGUCUUCGGCAUGGGCAAGAGCCGCGCUAAGAAGUUCAACCACGAGACAGACAUCAAGGUCAAGUUCGCCGACGUUGCCGGCAUGGACGAGGCCAAGCAGGAGAUCAUGGAGUUUGUGUCUUUCCUCAAGGACCCUGCACGGUUCCAGAAGCUCGGUGCCAAGAUCCCUCGCGGCGCUGUCCUGUCUGGUCCCCCAGGUACUGGUAAGACACUGCUUGCCAAGGCCACAGCUGGCGAGUCUGGCGUGCCCUUCUUCAGUGUGAGCGGUUCAGAAUUCGUGGAGAUGUUCGUCGGUGUUGGUGCUUCGCGAGUACGAGAUCUGUUCGCCAACGCGCGCAAGAGUACACCGUGUAUCAUCUUCAUUGACGAGAUCGAUGCUAUCGGUCGAUCGCGCUCGAAGCAGAACUUCGGUGGCGGCAACGACGAGCGAGAAGCCACGCUCAACCAGAUUCUGACAGAGAUGGACGGUUUCAACACAACGGAGCAGGUCGUCGUCCUUGCUGGUACUAACCGACCUGACGUUCUCGACAAGGCGCUCAUGCGUCCUGGCCGUUUCGACAGGCACAUCAACAUCGACCGCCCCACCAUGGAAGGCCGAGGCCAGAUCUUUGGUGUGCAUCUGAAGAAGAUCAUCACCAAGGAAGACAUUGAGUUCCUCAAGGGCAGGUUGGCAGCUCUCACGCCCGGUUUCUCUGGUGCUGAUAUUGCCAACUGUGUCAACGAAGCCGCCCUGAUCGCCGCCCGCCACUCCGCCGACACAGUAACAAUGGUCCACUUCGAGCAAGCCAUUGAGCGCGUCAUUGGCGGUCUCGAGAAGAAAUCUCUCGUCCUCAAGCCGGAAGAAAAGAAGACCGUGGCCUACCACGAAGCCGGCCACGCAAUCUGCGGCUGGUACUUCAAAUACGCCGACCCGCUCCUCAAGGUCUCCAUUAUUCCCCGCGGCCAAGGCGCGCUCGGAUACGCCCAGUACCUCCCCGCCGGCGACACAUACCUGAUGAACGUACACCAGCUGAUGGACCGCAUGGCCAUGACGCUCGGCGGCCGUGUGAGCGAGGAGCUGCACUUUGACACCGUGACAUCCGGCGCAUCAGACGACUUCCGCAAGGUGACCCAGAUGGCCACCGCCAUGGUGACAAAGUGGGGUAUGACCAAGAAAAUCGGAUACAUCUACUUCGACGACGACAACCAGCAGUCGCAGUUCCAGAAGCCCUUCUCCGAGGAGACCGCCAAGAACAUCGAUGCUGAGGUAAAGCGCAUUGUUGACGAGGCGUAUAAGCAGUGCCGCGACCUGCUCGAGGAGAAGAAGCACGAGGUUGGGCUUGUGGCGGAGGAACUGCUGAAGAAGGAGAUGCUUGGUCGCGAAGACAUGAUCAGGCUACUCGGCGAACGACCAUUCGAAGACCCGCAAGAUUUCCACAAGUACUUCAGCGGAGAGUUUGGUAAGGCGCCGGGGUUGAUGGAGCCCAAGGGCGAGACGGGGACGAAGGAGCCGCUUGUUCCUCCGAGCCCGGCGACGUUCAAGGCGAUUGAGGGGCCGAGACAUCACAUCUAGAGUGGUUGUUCUUUAAGCUGUCGGUUCGGCAGAGGUUUUCUUUUGUUCGUUCAUACCAAGGCAAGGCAUUGGCGUCUGUAUUCCA